GGAAUUCAUUCGACUCCAGAGCCUCUGCGACUUCAAGAUCUCCCAAUCCAUUGUGUACGUGCCCAGAUGUUCCUCAACAACCAAAGAAUGGGAUAUGGCGGCCGAAAGAAAAAACUGUUCAUCUAUUAAAUCUGAAUCGUCCCAGACUCUCGCUUACCAUUGUUUGGUAAAUGAGUUUAGAAAUGCAACAUUAGAAGUAUGUGCCCCGUCCUGGUAUCUUCAAGGGUUCUGUCCUAUUUAUGAUACGUUUGAGCACAAGGUAAAAGACGACAGAAAGAUCGAUUGCACAAAGAUUCUUCAUCCCUGUCCGUCCAGAUUUAUUUCUACCGAAAGUUAUAAAUAUGCAUACUGUUAUAAUAUAAAUAAGUCGUCCACGAAGUCUGUAGAAAGUCCCUCCAACAACAGUAGCCCAUCUGACGAUAACAGGGUAGCUAUCGGAGUGGGAGUAGGUGUCGGUGUUCUAUUCCUGGUGGUUGUAGUAGUAGUAGUUGUUGUUGUACUUUAUGUCAGGCAUAGAAAAAAGACAAACAAGGAAACUCCACAGACUGCCAACACACACUCGCGGGAAUGUCAUUUUGACAGUAACACAAGCAAUGAAAAUGACACGGUUUGUCCUCAAGGGAAGGACAGGGAGGAAACAAAAUGGCUAUUGAGAGAGCCAGACCCGGAAGCAUCAGGACGACUUGAAAGACAAAGUCCCGAAAACGCGCCACCAGAGAAAACGACAUUCCAUGAAAGCCAAGCCAACACACGCUCGGGGGAAUGUCAUUUUGACAGUAACACAAGCAAUGAAAAUGACACGGUUUGUCCUCAAGGGAAGGACAGGGAGGAAACAAAACGGCUAUUGAGAGAGCCAGACCCGGAAGCAUCAGGACGACUAGAAAGACAAAGUCCCGAAAACGCGCCACCAGAGAAAACGACAUUCCAUGAACGCCAAGCCAACACACGCUCGGGGGAAUGUCAUUUUGACAGUAACACAAGCAAUGAAAAUGACACGGUUUGUCCUCAAGGGAAGGACAGGGAGGAAACAAAACGGCUAUUGAGAGAGCCAGACCCGGAAGCAUCAGGACGACUUGAAAGACAAAGUCCCGAAAACGCGCCACCAGAGAAAACGACAUUCCAUGAACGCCAAGAAGAGGUAAGCAGUGCUGGUGAUCUGGAUUUGGAUUUAGACACAGAUGGACCAGUAAAUAAUGACGUUCUCCAUCUAAUAGACCCAAACCAUGGCGUCUCAACUCACUAUGUACAAAAUGAAGUCGGCACGAGGCCCGACCCAUUAAAGAGACUCUCACAGAGAGAAAGUGAAAACACACAUCACCCGGGCCUAGUUAUCAGAUCCCUAGAGCCGGAGUUUACUGAUUUAGAAGUGGAUGUUUGGGAUCAUGGGACAGGUGAUACACCAAAAGAGAAAGCCAAAGCAUACACAACCAAACACGACACUGCUUGCUACAUCCCACCCCAACAAGGCACUCAAAGUAACGACAAUCGCGUCAAUAAUGGACAAGUCCCAUAUCAAGAUUUCCCCGGAGUUAUAUCUAUUAGAAAAGAGAAAAGACAGGCGAAAAACCUGGGACAUACAGUACCAUUAGACAAUAUAAACACAUACCCUAAAAUGAAUACCAAAUCUGAGUCCUUUCCUGAAAGACUAUCCAACAUCAAAAACCAACAUGAUAAGAUUGAAGGAAGGUUAAAGGAUCUUCAGAAAUUCCAGAGUGGACUACAAGGUAAAAUGCAAUUCAUGGAACUGACCGUCAAUUGUUUGGAAAGGAUAAUGAGUGAACUGGAAAAAGAUAGUGGUUUUUGUGUGUCGAGACUUCAUCAGACCAGUGGUAAUGGAAACCUGAAAGAACGCGUCACUGAACUGCAGAACAGGGUAUCAAAGAUAAUCAACAGAGUAGAAAGAGUAGAACCCCACAUAUUGUCAUCUACCCUACCAAAUAGCCAAUUAACGCUUCUGGAAUCUCAAGUGUCAGAUGAUAGCGGGAACUAUGACACGACAGAAUGCUGCAGGUCCUUGUCUGAAGAUCAAAGAAAUAAAGACGAUGAGGGCAAUCUACCAGAUGCAAUGGAGAGACUUGAAGAUACACUACAGAAAAUUGAAGAAAGAUUGUAUGCCUUGAACGAAUCUGAAUUGGGUAUUGAUGGAAUUAUAAAAACACUUAGAGAGAAAAUUCGGUGUACUGACAAUGUGAUGAAGCUGGCAGAGAACAAAUGUGGAUUAUCGGAAGACAUGAUACAACUGACUCCCACUACAACCGCUACUCCAGAUCAACUAGACAAUCUUGACAGAAUAUUGUUAAGUUGUUCUAAACGGCUAUUUACUCUGGAACCACUGUUGUUACAAUAAAUUAUAAGCAUUUGAGUAAA